UCCUUUCUUCUUUCUCCCGCUCUCUCUCUCUUCUUCUUCUUCUUCUUCGGUGCCAAACCCUGCUUGAAAUCAACAGUCAUCAUGUCAAACGGUAAUCCGAGGAAGCGCCCAACCUCUACGCCCAUUCCUCAGUCACAGCAGAAGCAUCACGCGUCAAUGGAAGAAGAAGAAAUGGACGAGGACGUCUUCCUCGACGAAACCCUCCUUCACGAUGAAGAAUCUCUCGUCCUCCGUGAUAUGGAGGAGCAAGAGGCUCUUUCCUCUCGUCUCUCCAAGUGGAGGCGCCCUCCUCUCUCUACAUCUUACCAGACUCAGUCUCCAAGCAUCGUUUUCCAGCAGUUGGAGAUUGAUUACGUAAUUGGUGAAAGUCAUAAGGAAUUGUUGCCUUGUUCAUCUGGUCCGGCUGCUAUUAUUAGGAUAUUUGGUGUUACCCAAGAAGGGCACAGUGUUUGUUGCAAUAUACAUGGAUUUGAGCCGUAUUUCUACAUCAACUGCCCACCUGGAAUGGGUCCCGAUGACAUCUCAAAUUUUCAUCAAAUCCUUGAGGGAAGAAUGAAGGAGGCAAAUAGAAAUAGUAAGGUUCCAAAAUUCAUCCUCAGGAUAGAGAUGGUCCAGAAAAAGAGCAUCAUGCACUAUCAGCAACAAACUUCUCAAACUUUUCUUAAGAUUAUAGUUGCCUUGCCAACAGCAGUCAGCAGCUGCCGAGGUAUUCUAGAUAGAGGCAUACAUAUUGAUGGUCUUGGAAUGAAGAGCUUUAUGACUUAUGAAAGCAAUAUUCUUUUUGCUCUGCGGUUUAUGAUUGAUUGCAAUAUUGUUGGUGGCAACUGGAUUGAAGCACCUGCCGGAAAGUAUAAGAAGCCUGCCAAGAAUCUUUCUUACUGCCAGUUAGAGUUUGAUUGUCUUUAUUCGCAACUGAUCAGCCAUGCCCCAGAAGGAGAGUUCUCAAAAAUGGCCCCAUUCCGUAUUCUAAGUUUUGACAUUGAGUGUGCUGGUCGCAAGGGUCAUUUUCCUGAUCCUGCCCAUGAUCCUGUUAUUCAGAUAGCCAAUCUGGUAACAUUGCAAGGAGCGGACCAGCCAUUUGUUCGUAAUGUGAUGACUCUGAAAUCAUGUUCACCAAUAGUUGGUGUAGAUGUGAUGUCAUUUGAUACGGAAAAAGAAAUCUUGAGAGCUUGGCGGGAUUUAAUUCGUGAAGUAGAUCCUGAUAUUAUAAUUGGAUAUAACAUAUGCAAAUUCGAUCUGCCAUACCUUAUUCAGAGAGCUGAAGUCUUGGGGAUGUCGGAGUUUCCAAUACUUGGUCGCAUUAGAAACAGCAGGGUUCGUGUCAAAGAUACAACUUUCUCUUCAAGACAAUAUGGAACAAGGGAAAGUAAAGAGAUAACAGUGGAAGGGAGAGUUCAGCUUGAUUUGUUUCAGGCUGUGCAAAGAGAAUAUAAACUGAGUUCGUAUUCGUUGAAUUCUGUUUCAGCUCAUUUUUUGAACGAGCAGAAAGAAGAUGUUCAUCACUCAAUAAUUACUGACCUUCAGAAUGGAAAUUCAGAGACAAGGAGGAGAUUGGCAGUUUAUUGUUUGAAGGAUGCUUAUCUUCCACAAAGGCUUUUGGACAAGUUGAUGUUCAUAUACAAUUAUGUUGAAAUGGCUCGUGUCACUGGUGUGCCUAUCUCCUUUCUUCUUUCAAGAGGACAGAGUAUUAAGGUGCUUUCUCAGCUUCUUAGGAAAUCUAGACAAAAGAACCUUGUGCUUCCUAAUGUCAAGCAAGCAGGAUCUGAGCAAGGAACAUUUGAAGGGGCUACUGUUUUAGAGGCCAGGGCUGGAUUCUAUGAGAAGCCGAUUGCAACUCUGGAUUUUGCAUCUCUAUAUCCUUCAAUCAUGAUGGCAUACAAUUUAUGCUAUUGCACUCUGGUGACAAGUGAAGAUGUACGAAGACUCAACCUUCCACCAGAAUCUGUAAAUAGAACACCGUCUGGUGAAACUUUUGUAAAACAAAGCUUACAGAAGGGAAUACUUCCUGAAAUUCUUGAAGAACUAUUAGCUGCUCGAAAAAGAGCUAAAGCAGAUUUAAAGGAAGCAAAGGACCCUCAUGUGAAGGCUGUGCUAGAUGGCCGCCAACUGGCUUUGAAGAUUAGUGCAAAUUCUGUAUAUGGGUUUACUGGAGCUACUGUUGGCCAAUUACCAUGUCUAGAGAUAUCUUCAAGUGUAACAAGCUACGGUCGACAGAUGAUUGAGCACACAAAGAAACUUGUAGAAGAAAAAUUUACAAUGCUUGGAGGAUAUGAGAACAAUGCUGAGGUUAUAUAUGGAGAUACAGAUUCUGUUAUGGUGCAAUUCGGUGUAUCCGACACUGAAGCAGCCAUGAACUUGGGGAGGGAAGCUGCGGAGCAUAUUAGUAUGACUUUUGCCAAACCCAUCAAACUAGAGUUUGAGAAGGUGUACUAUCCAUAUCUACUGAUUAGCAAGAAGAGAUAUGCUGGUCUUUUGUGGACACGUCCAGACAAAUUCGACAAAAUGGAUACUAAAGGAAUUGAAACAGUAAGAAGAGACAAUUGUCUGUUGGUGAAGAACUUGGUCACUGAGUGUCUUUAUAAAAUACUCAUAGACAGAGAUGUACCCGGUGCUGUUCAGUUUGUCAAAAAUACCAUCUCAGAUCUUCUCAUGAACCGGGUGGAUUUAUCUCUUCUAGUUAUUACUAAGGGAUUAACAAAGACAGGAGAUGAUUAUGAAGUAAAAACAGCGCAUGUGGAACUUGCUGAGCGGAUGCGAAAGCGAGAUCCAGCUACUGCUCCAAAUGUAGGGGAUCGAGUCCCUUAUGUCAUCAUCAAAGCUGCAAAGGGUGCCAAGGCUUAUGAAAAGUCAGAGGAUCCUAUUUUUGUGCUUGAAAAUAAUAUACCUAUUGACCCAAAUUACUACCUUGACAACCAAAUAAGCAAGCCACUCUUAAGAAUUUUUGAGCCAAUUCUGAAGAAUGCCAGUAAAGAACUUCUUCAAGGAAGUCACACAAGAUCAAUCUCCAUAUCAACUCCCUCUAAUAGCGGCAUCAUGAAAUUCGCGAAGAAGCAAUUAACUUGCAUUGGAUGCAAAGCUCUAAUUAAAAAUUCCGAUCAUACUCUUUGUUCACACUGCAAAGGAAGAGAAGCUGAACUCUACUACAAAACAGUAGUUCAGGUAUCUGAACUAGAGAAGCUUUUUGGGAGGCUAUGGACUCAGUGCCAGGAGUGUCAAGGCUCUCUACAUCAGGAUGUUCUGUGCACUAGCCGGGAUUGUCCAAUAUUUUAUCGGAGGAAGAAGGCACAAAAGGACAUUGCAGAAGCGAAGGUGCAGUUAGAUAGGUGGAGCUUCUAGAGUAAGCGGAACAGCUUCGUUUCGAAGAUGAAAUAGUUAUAUGCUAUCUUUUUGUACUCAAAACACUGCUCCUUGUUUCUUUAGGACUGACCUAACUUAUUUGGUUCAUAUUUCUGGUUUAACUUUCUUCUUUGUAUUGAGCUUAGUAAAGAAAUGAGAAGAUUUCCUCUUUGUAUUUAAUGAAAGAUAGUGGUUAUUUAUUAUAAUUUAUGUUAGAAUCA